GUGCCUGCUUCUGCUUGGGCAACGUUUGGCAGCCUGUGUUCAGAGUGCUCUGCAAACAUCUCGUCGUUCUGAUAAGUACAUGCUGAAGCACGAGGUGGAUGAGGGGUGGUUUAUGGCUUGUGCUAACGAUCUUGAUUGGAGCUGCUUGCUGCUAACAGCUCCUGCCUGAGCACCUCCCUGCACCUGGAUCCCUAAGUUAGGCAGGAGCAAGCAGUCACAGCCCUGUUAGAGCUGGCAGUUAAGUCUCUUGGGUGGCAACAUCUUUGUCGUCAGUUUGUCAGUUGCAGACCUUGUAGUUGCAGUUUAUCCAUACCCUCUGAUCUUGAGUGCCAUUUUCCACAAUGGAUGGACCAUGGGAAAUGUCCACUGCCAGAUAAGCGGGUUCCUGAUGGGCUUAAGUGUCAUUGGAUCCAUUUUCAACAUCACAGCGAUUGCAAUCAACCGCUACUGCUACAUCUGUCACAGCCUUCGGUAUGAUAAGCUUUUCAACCUGAAGAACACCUUCUGCUAUCUCUGCUUGACCUGGAUACUCACAGUGGUGGCAAUUGUGCCAAACUUCUUUGUUGGCUCUUUGCAGUAUGACCCCCGGAUUUACUCCUGCACCUUUGCACAGACAGUGAGUACCUCAUACACCAUCACAGUGGUGGUGGUUCACUUCAUCGUCCCACUAUCCAUCGUGACAUUUUGCUACCUGCGGAUCUGGAUUUUGGUGAUUCAAGUCAAACACCGGGUGAGACAAGAUUGCAAGCAGAAGCUCAGAGCAGCUGACAUCCGGAAUUUCUUGACUAUGUUUGUAGUUUUUGUCCUUUUUGCUGUGUGCUGGGGACCAUUAAAUUUUAUUGGCCUUGCUGUUUCAAUUAAUCCUUCACAUGUGCAGCCACACAUUCCAGAAUGGCUUUUCGUCCUGAGCUAUUUUAUGGCCUAUUUUAACAGCUGCCUUAAUGCUGUGAUUUAUGGGCUUCUUAACCAGAAUUUCCGGAGGGAAUACAAGAGGAUACUGCUGACACUCUGGACUCCCAGGUUUCUGUUCAUCGAUCUGUCCAAGGGUGGGACAGAAGGGAUGAAAAGCAAGCCAUCUCCAGCUGUAACAAACAACAACCAAGUUGAAAUGCAUUUAUGAGUCAGAACAGUACUAUUUAUUCUGGAUUACAGUUGUAUAUAUAGUGCAGAAGAGCCUUUCUAUGUGUGCAUUUCACAGCUGGUGUUGCUGGGCUGCUCAUGCAAGGAAGGAGUCUGCUACCUUUCAUGUUUAGCUUAUUGCUGCGACAUCAAGGCUUUGAAUAGUUUUCAGAAUGGAAAUGACUGAUCUUUAUUUAUUUUAUUUUAAUAUGCCAUCUUUCACCAUGUGCCUAUCUAAUAGGUUUGGUUGCUUUUGCCACAGGCAUUCAGUAUGCAUGGAGAAAUGCAGUUAUGCUUGAAAUGCAGUCUUCAAGAGCUGGCAAAAUUGCUGUAUAUUACAAACAAACCCGUCUCCCCUCACUCUGAAUUCUAUUUUUUAGCAUUAA